AUGUCCUUGAGCCCAAAGCACUCCACUCCCUUCUCAGUGACAGACAUCUUGAGCCCGAUGGAGGAGAGCUACCGGAGGUUUGGAGGCAUGGAUCCCGCGGCGGGGAACCUCGGCGCUCCGCUGGGCGCGUACCGGCAGCCGCAGGUCUCCCAGCCCGGCGUGCAACAGCAGCAGCAGCCGCACCCGCACCAUCAUCACCACCACCAUCACCAUCACCUCUCCUCUUCUUCCUCCACCUCAUCCUCGUCCUCUUCCACCCUGGGCCACGCCGGCCCCUAUCACAUGCCGCACGGGGUGCCGCAGUUCUCCGGGGCCGUCGGCGGGUUCUGCAACGGCGGCAUCGGGAACGUCGGAGACCUGCCGUCCUACCAGGAGACGGUGAGGGGCGGAGGGGCGGCCGCGGCGUGGUACAGCAACCCGGAGCCCAGAUACCCCACGAUUUCCAGAUUCAUGGGGCCUUCCACUGGGAUGAACAUGACCGGGAUGGUGGGCAGUCUCGCCGGCAUGGACUCCGCCAAGUCCAUGGUGACGCUGCACGCCGCGCCUCGCAGGAAGCGCAGGGUGCUUUUCUCCCAGGCGCAGGUCUACGAGCUGGAGCGGCGCUUCAAGCAGCAGAAGUACCUGUCCGCCCCGGAGAGGGAGCACCUGGCCGGCAUGAUCCACCUCACGCCGACCCAGGUCAAGAUCUGGUUCCAGAACCACCGCUACAAGAUGAAGCGGCAGGCCAAGGACAAGGCGGCCCAGCAGCAGCAGCAGGACGGCGGCGGCGGCGGCCUGUGCGCAUCGGCCCGCCGCUCCUCCUCCUCUGCGUCUCCGGUCCUCGUCAAGGACGGGAAGGGCUGCCGGAGCGACUCAAGCGGCUCCAACCCGCCCGGGAAUCGGCAGGGCAGCUCGGGCGAGGCCAUGGCGACCCACCAGCACCAGAACCAGCAGGUGAGCCAGCUGUCGUCCACGGAGGAGCUGGAGGACUUGUCUCCCAGUCCGCCGCUGGGACUACACGGUCAGAUCAACAUGACGCAGACGGACGCGGCGCUCAUUGAAUACACCAACAACAUGAUCAGCUCCAAUUUACUGUACGGGAGAACUUGGUAGGAAUAAGGAUCAAAACAGCCGGAAUGAGGCCUGCGCUGUUUUGUUUUCCAAGUGGAUUUUGGAAGAAUACGGAGGACAGUGAGAGAGGUACCAGAAAUUUAAUCGGUUCAAUUCAUGCUGCAGCAUUUU